CCAAAAGUUAGCAUUAGAUAAUGCCUCAUUUGCAUGUUUAAACAUGAGACUAAAGAAAACUUGUAAUACAAAAAACAAUUGUCUUAUUGUAAGCAAUGAACAGGGGAAGUUCCAUGGCUAUAUCUAUUAGUUUAAAAAUGUACCCUAUUUACCCUUAAGUGUCUUUCCUUAAGGAAACAAACCAAACUGACCACAAAUCUACAAAAAUCCACGUGUCUAAAAACUUUAUGGCAUGCUCUGGGUCUUUGUGUAAAUGUUGUAAUACAUCUUAAUCCAUUUUUACAUUUAGACUGCAGAACCAAAAUCCUUUCAAAGUAAAGGUACGUGUGAAGGUCUGUGUGCUUCCAGCUCUCCUCGUCUCUUCAGUGAAGUGGACUGAGGUCCUUUGGAAAGAAACUCGGCCCCUCGCUCUCCUCGAGCAUUUUGCUGCCCAUUAGUGCUCCUGUUAGUCAGCUCCUGUGUUGAAAGACUGAAGGGGACUUUCUCUUUUUUUAAAAAAAACAAGGAAUUUUUCUCUCCCAAAACAAUUCCCACCAACAUGACCUCUAAUUCUAAUUUAUCCAACAUGCGACGGCUCGUAGAACAACUGAAGCUGGAGGCCAGUGUGGAGAGAAUCAAGGUGUCUCAGGCGGCUGCCGAGCUGCAGCAGUACUGUCUGCAGAACGCAGGCAAAGACGCCCUGCUGGUGGGAGUCCCCACAGGCAGCAACCCCUUCAGAGAGCCUCGCUCCUGUGCUGUAGUGUGAAGAGGAGGAAUAAGUGGACACAACUGUGGCAUCUCUCGCAGAAGAAAAUAAUUUUCUCUGUAACCAUUUUUAUUGACACGUUUUUAAUGAAAAACAUAUAAAAAUGAGGUUUUGCAAAUAAUUUUUCAAAUAAAUGUUGUUUUGCUACAUUA